AACAAGAAAAAAAACGAAAGAAAAGAAGCGUGGCCUGACCUCCUCCGGUGCAACUUGAGUGAACAAGGAAUAGCAAUCCCCUCAAAAACCCUAGCUGAAAUAUCACCUUAAAGCUAACAAUCACAGCUCAAGCAAUUGCAAACUGCCUCGCCGGAGAAACUAAAAUUAGAAGACACUUUUAGGAACUUAUGACUACAGUAUCAGAUAAAACAGAGCAACUAGAGGGUUUAACACCGGCGAAUGAAGCCCAAGCAGACGGUGAAGGAGUAGGAGAGGAGGAAGAGUUGUCAUGGUCAUCGGACUCCGAAAUUGGAGAUGCGUUGGAUUGGUUGGACUCGAAAGACGAUAAAGAGGCUGUAGAUGGAGCUAUUACCCUCAAUUCCAGACGUCCAAAUGCUCACGGAGGCCUCCACUCUCGCCCUAAUUCCACCACUCUGCAACCUCUCUCCAAUCGCAACCAGAGGUUCUCUCAUCAUAUACGUGCUUCGCCGUUGGAGGAGUGGGAAGGGAGGUUGAACGUUGGCAUGUCUAAUUCAGUUACAACUGCAAUUCGUGAAAGUGUUCGGGACAUGGCCAUUGGGAAAACUAAAACUACUGAGAAAGCAGAUCGCGCAACAGUGGAGCAGGCCAUUGACCCUAGAACUCGCAUGGCUCUGUUCAAAAUGCUGAAUCAGGGUGUAUUUCAUGACAUAAAUGGCUGCAUUUCUACUGGAAAAGAGGCUAAUGUGUAUCAUGCAACAAAAUGUGAUGGCCAGGAACUUGCAAUCAAAGUGUACAAAACUUCAGUUCUCGUUUUUAAGGACCGAGAUAGAUAUGUACAAGGUGACUAUCGUUUUAGACAUGGAUACUGCAAGCACAAUCCCAGGAAAAUGGUAAAGACAUGGGCUGAAAAAGAAAUGAGGAAUCUUAUGAGGCUAAAGGCAGCUGGAAUCCGGUGUCCAACUCCAUAUCUUUUGAGAUUGCAUGUUCUGGUCAUGGAAUUCAUAGGAAAGGCUGGUUGGGCUGCACCUCGUCUUAAGGAUGCUGCUUUAUCUUUGGAUAAAUUACGUGAAGGCUAUGUGGAGAUGAUCAUCGCAAUGCGGACUUUAUAUCAGAAAUGCAAACUGGUGCAUGGAGACCUCAGCGAAUAUAAUAUUCUAUAUUUUGAGGGUCACUUGUACAUAAUUGAUGUCUCUCAAGCAGUUGAUCUCGACCACCCUCAUGCCCUUGAUUUCUUACGUGAAGAUUGUGUUCAUGUUUCUGAUUUUUUUAAGAAACAUGGUGUAGCUGUCAUGACUAUUCGAGAGCUAUUUGACUUCAUAGUUGACCCAACCAUUACUGAUGAUUCUGUUGAUAGUUACUUGGAAGAGGUUCAGCAAAAAAUUUUAUCAAGAGACGUCACUGUAGAGGAUGAAAUUGCAGACUCUGUAUUCGUGCAGUCAUAUAUUCCCAAGACAUUAGAUCAUGUCAAGAAUGCUGAGGAGGAUGUAAUAAGGAUAACAAGCGGCAAGGAUACAGGAGAUAUGUAUUAUCAAACCAUUACAGGUUUAAAGGAGGCUCUUUCUAAAGUUCAAGUUUCUGAAGCCCAAAAAGACCAAAAGGAAGAGGAUUUGAACCCUGCGGAAGAAACUUCUCUAAAUCAGGAUGGCCAUUUUAACACUUCUGAAAGUGAAUCUGAUUCUGAGACAGAUGAUGAGAACUCGAAGGAGUCAGAUGAGAGUGGUUCCUUGUCAGAAGUUGUGAAAAAGGAGCCUCUUGAUAAAAGAACCGCUAGAAAAGAGAACAAGAAGAAAGUUAAAGAAGAGAAGAGAGAAGCUCGGAAGACUAAAAUUCCCAAGGCUGUGAAGAAAAGAAAGAAGAAAUUGGCAAAAGCCAAGAAGACCAGGUAAACAUGUUCGAGCUGUAGCGUUAGCGGUAUGCAAUUCAUAUAGAAGCCAUCAUAGAACAGUGGAGAAGUUAGUUUUGUGAUGAAUGCCAGUUCUAUGGCUGCUUUAUUUAAAAAGGGAUGGAUCAAUUUUGACACCUAUGCUACUUCCGCCUUUACAUUUAUGUUUUGUUCUAAUUUUGGGGGUUAAGCAGGUACAAUUCGUCAUAUUAUAAGGUAACCUUAUAAAUGCAAGAUGACGAGAGUUCAUCUCUAUUUUAUGGUAGAAGGGCUUGAUUUUGGUUUGUUAUAUGUGGCCUCUGAGCUCUGAAGUUUUUGGUUGUAUGAUAUAAAGCUUAUUUCCACUUCAA